AUGAGCACCCUCUCGAAGUCCCAAAGUGUCCGCGCGGGCAAGACAUAUGCAACUGAAAAGGAUUGGCACCGUAUGCAGCCUACUAUUACCAAGCUCUAUCGAGAUGAGAAUAGAUCCCUGAGACAAGUUAGCGAGAUCAUGGAAUCCCACUAUCAUUUCUAUGCAACAACUAAGAUGUACAAGUCAAGACUGAGUACGUGGAAGCUAGACAAGAAACUUAAAGAAGCCGAAGUAAUGGUGAUGCUUCGACAAAAGGAGGACCGCGACGCUGCAGGGAAGCGCUCGCAAUUCUUUCUCCGAGGCCAAGAAGUCAACUGGGAACGGGUGAUGCAAUACGAGUUUAGACAUCACAUGCUCUACACCCUCGCCGACCUUACUCAAAAACGAAAUUCCCCGUCGGAUAGAACUGUAUUCAGAUCUGCGCCUGCUUGA